AAGAAUUGUUCAGCAAGUUGAGAGAAAGUCAACUUUAUUGUGGUUUGCAUAGAGCUUCAUAGAGAUAUAUAUUUAUUUUUUAUUUUGCUGGGUGAUUAUCGCUGAAGGGGACCAUGGUUAUGUUGAAGAUCUCUGCUUUCCUCGUUGCCUACGCCCUGGUCAUUUGCCAGAUGUACUGCUCACAAGCCGCGCCUGCCAGACCGGGUUUAGAGUCCAUGUCAGACCGAGUCACGCUCACGGACUACGAAGCGCGAAGGUUACUCAACGCCAUUGUGAAGGAGUUUGUGCAGAUGACGGCGGAGGAGCUGGAGCAGCAGGCAACUGAAGGAAACAGCAUGGACAGGCCCUUAACCAAGCGCUGCUCCAACCUCAGCACCUGUGUGUUGGGUAAACUGUCUCAGGAGCUGCACAAGUUGCAGACUUUCCCUCGCACGAACGUGGGAGCAGGAACGCCCGGCAAGAAGCGCAGUGCGCCUGAGAGCGACAGCUAUGCAAGCUACGGCGAGACGUUUGAAAGCAUCUAAACCCCCUCCUCCUCAUCCACCCUUAAACCCGCUUUUACUUUUCCCGCAUCUCCUCUUCCUUUGUCAUUCUUUCCCCCGUCCUUCUCUUCUGUCAUCUUCCUCUCCUCAUCCCAGUUUCUUUCUGGAAUGGGACGUGCAUGCUGAUAUUACCUGCUUGAUUGACAUGAAGAUUAUGACUUUGAACUGCAGUUUUUCAGUUCUUUUUCUCCCCCUCUCCCCCCAUAUUUCUUUUGGCAGAGAAUGAUUUGUCCCUGUUAUCUCAGACGAUUUUCACAAGUGUAAUUCAGGAGCCAAAUCAUACAUCCAUCUCUGUGUACUGUAUGUGGAGUAAUUUGAUGGCAUUUCAAAGCCCCUGAAACUCAAGAGUUGAGAGCGAUCACUUAAUCUAAUCGUUAAUAAAUGAUCCACUCAUGCGACACCAUGUUUGUUGUUCAAUAAACGUAUU